UACCUUUGUUUUGCUUUGUAGAUUUCAGAAAUGGAGAUUGGCUUAGCAGUUGGUAGUGCAGUUGGUGGUGCAUUUCUUAAUGUUUUCUUUGAUAGGCUUGCUCCUCGGGUUGGGCUGCUCAAGAUGUUUCAGAAGCAUAAGCAUGAUGAUGGGCUUUUAGAGAAGUUGGAGGACAUUUUGCUUUGCCUUCAGAUUGUGCUAAGUGAUGCAGAGAAUAAGCAGGCAUCAAAUCCAAUCGUGAGGAAGUGGUUGAAUAAGCUUCAGAUUGCUGUGGACGGCGCUGAAAACCUGUUGGAAGAAGUCAAUUAUGAGGCUUUGAGGCUUAAGGUGGAAGGUCAGCAUCAAAAUCUUGCAGAAACAAGUAACCAGCAAGUAAGUGACCUCAACCUGAGCUUGAGUGAUGAUUUCUUUCUUAACAUAGAAGAGAAGUUGGAAGACACCAUUAGAAAACUGGAGGUGUUGGAAAAGCAAAUCGGUCGCCUUGGCUUACAGAAGCAUUUCAGUUCGGGUAAAAAAAUAGAAACUAGAUCACCUUCAACUUCUGUGGUUGAAUCUGAUGUCUUUGGUAGGCAGAAUGAAAUAGAGCGAUUGAUUGACCUUUUAACGUCUAAGGAGGCAAGUGAAAAAAAUCUGACUGUUCUCCCUAUUGUUGGAAUGGGGGGCAUGGGUAAGACAACACUAGCUCAAGUGGUUUACAAUUAUAAGAAGGUGACAGAUCAUUUUGAUUUGAAAGGUUGGUUUUGUGUUUCUGAGGCAUAUGAUGCUUCAAGAAUAACAAAAGCCUUACUUCAAGAAAUUGGCUCAUUUGACUUGAAGGUUGAUGACAAUCUUAAUCAGCUACAAGUCAAAUUGAAGGAAAGAUUAAAUGGAAAAAGGUUUCUCAUUGUUCUGGAUGAUAUGUGGAAUGAAAACUACAGAGAGUGGAAUGACUUGAGGAAUAUUUUUGUUCAAGGAGGUAUUGGAAGUAAGAUCAUUGUGACGACACGUAAAAAGAGUGUUGCCUUGAUGAUGCGAGCUGAGCAAAUUAGCAUGGACACUUUAUCUAUUGAUGACUCUUGGUCUUUAUUUAAAAGACAUGCAUUUGAAAACAUGGAUCCUAUGGGACAUCCAGAACUUGAAGAGGUCGGAAAACGAAUUGCAGCUAAGUGCAAAGGACUGCCCUUAGCUCUGAAGACGCUCGCUGGCAUGUUACGCUCCGAAUCAGAGGUUGAAGGGUGGAAACGUAUUUUGAGAAGUGAAAUAUGGGACCUGUCAAACAAUGACAUAUUGCCAGCGUUGAUGUUGAGCUACAAUGAACUUCCCCCACAUCUAAAGCCAUGUUUUUCCUAUUGUGCAAUAUUUCCUAAAGAUUAUCCAUUCAGGAAAGAACAAGUU